AGCAGAGAGCAGGCUGGGGCAUUUCUCCCCGAGAUGGCGGGUCUGACAGCUGCAACCCUGCGGCCCGGAGUGCUUCUGCUCCUGCUGUCCACCCUGCACCCAGCACAGCCCGGAGGCAUCCCAGGGGCUGUUCCUGGUGCCGCUCCUGGCGGAGUCUUCUUUCCAGGGGCUGGUCUCGGAGGCCUUGGAGUAGGAGCUUUGGGGCCUGGAGGCAAACCACCCAAGCCAGGUGUCGGAGGGCUCGCAGGCGGUGGCAUUGGAGCAGGGCUAGGUGCCUUUCCAGGGGCUCUGGUGCCCGGCGGAGUAGCUGGUGCUGCUGCAGCCUAUAAAGCUGCCAAGGCUGGUGCUGGGCUUGGUGGUGUCGGCGGGCUUGGCGGAGUCGGUGGCAUUGGUGGCUUAGGAGUGUCUCCAGGUGCAGUGGUGCCUGGAGUGGGAGUUGGAGUCGGAGCCAUAGGGAAGCCUGGGAAAGUGCCCGGUGUGGGGCUACCAGGUGUGUACCCAGGUGGAGUGCUCCCAGGCGCAGGCGCUCGGUUCCCUGGUUUGGGAGUGCUCCCUGGAGUUCCGACUGGAGCAGGAGUCAAGGCCAAGGCCCCAGGGGUAGCUGGAGCUUUUGCCGGAAUCCCAGGGGUUGGACCAUUUGGGGUCCAGAAGCCUGGGGUCCCACUGGGAUACCCCAUCAAGGCACCCAAGCUGCCAGGUGGCUACGGACUGCCCUAUAGCACUGGAAAACUGCCCUAUGGCUAUGGGCCUGGAGGAGUAGCUGGUGCAGGGGGCAAGGCCGUGUACCCGACAGGGACAGGGGUUGGCCCCCAGGUUGCAGCCGCAGCAGCUAAAGCAGCCAAAUAUGCAGGUGCUGGAGGAGUUGGAGUUCUCCCUGGUGUUGGUAUCGGAGGGGCUGGUGUUCCCGGUGUGGCUGGUGCAAUUCCUGGGAUUGGAGACAUUGCAGGGCCAGGGACUCCCGCUGCUGCUGCUGCUGCUGCUGCUGCUGCAAAGGCAGCUGCCAAGGCAGCCAAGUACGGAGCUGCUGGAGGCUUAGUACCUGGUGUUGGAGUCCCAGGUGUUGGAGUCCCAGGUGUUGGAGUUCCAGGUGUUGGGGUUCCAGGUGUUGGAGUCCCAGGUGUUGGAGUCCCAGGUGUUGGAGUCCCAGGUGUUGGGGUCCCAGGUGUUGGGGUCCCAGGUGUUGGGGUUCCAGGCAUCAUAGGAGGACCAGGAGCCGUGUCACCAGCCGCAGCCGCUAAAGCAGCCGCCAAAGCAGCCAAAUACGGGGCCAGAGGUGGAGUCGGAGUAGCAGGCAUCCCCACUUUCGGGGUUGGUCCUGGGGGCUUCCCUGGCUUCGGUGGUCUCUUUUUGUCUCAAUUCCUCUUAGCUGCAGCCCAGGCAGCAGCUGCCGCAAAAGCCGCCAAGUAUGGUGCCGGAGGAGUGGGGGUCCUGGGAGGCCUGGUGCCAGGGGUCGGAGGUGUCAUCCCAGGAGUGCCGGGCGCUGCAAGGGUGCCAGGAGUAGGGGCACCAGAAGCCACAGCGGCCAAAGCAGCAGCCAAAGCUGCCCAGUUUGGUAAGUCCCCCCGCCAUUCUACCCCACCCUCUGUAGGCUUAGUCCCCAGCGUUGGCUUGGGUCCUGGAGUGGUUCCUGGCAUUGGUGUUGGUCCUGGUGGUGUUGCAGGAGCAGGGAUACCGGCUGCAGCCAAAGCUGCCGCUAAGGCAGCCGCCAAAGCCCAGUACCGGGCUGCAGCUGGACUUGGCGUUGGCGUGCCCGGGUUUGGAGCUGGCGCUGUUGUGCCCGGGUUUGGAGUUGGCGCAGUACCUGGACCCCUGGCCGCAGCCAAAGCAGCCAAGUAUGGCGCAAGAGGGAUCGGGGCCCUUGGAGGGGUUGGGGAUCUUGCCGGAGUAGGUGUCCCAGGUGGAGUGCCAGGAGCCGAUACCGCUGCCCUAGCUGCUGCUGCCAAAGCCGCAGCCAAAGCUGCCCCGUAUGGCCUCGGGGGAGUCGGUGGGCUCGGAGUGGGAGCACUGGGGGUUGGUGGACUCAUCCCAGGAGCUGUGGGCUUUGGAGGUGUGCCCCCAGCCGCAGCUGCUAAAGCAGCCAAAUAUGGUGCUGCUGGCCUUGGGGGUGUCCUAGGAGCCGCCAGGCCUUUCCCAGUUGGAGAAGUUGCAGCAAGACCUGGCUUUGGACUAUCCCCCAUUUACCCAGGUGGGGCCUGCCUGGGGAAAUCCUGUGGCCGGAAGAGAAAACCACUCGCUGAGUACCGGUCCUGGAAUUCCCUCCCCAACCACCGAGCAGCCGGCUGCCAGGGCCUCCUGGCCUCAGCCUGA